AGAAUUCUUUCGAUUGGUGCGCGUCUUGUGGAAUUCCCGAUGACCUUGUGACCUCAAUUUUGCUCGAAUAACAACGAUUAAACAUUAUUUAAUCAUUUUACAUUUGUAGCAAGAGUAAAAAUGAAAGAAUUUGUAUGGCUUGUAGUGUUUUAUUUUAUAAGAUUAAGUUUAGCUGACUUUGAAGUUCCGGAUGCUUUGAUUGAAGUUUUUCAACCUCAAGGUCUGCGAGUGUCGAUUCCAGACCAAGAAGGCAUAAAACUCUUCGCCUUCCACGCCAAAAUCAAUGAAGAAAUGAAUGGCCGUGAAGGGGGAACAUUUUCAAGAGACAUCACAAAGGCUAAAAACGGCCGUUGGACCUUCUACGACCCUUAUGCGAAAUUAAAACUUGGAGACAGACUAUAUUACUGGACUUAUGUUGACUAUUUUGACGGGAAAAAUAAAUUGGGGUACACUAAAGACGAUCAAGAGUUUGUAGUCAGCCAAUUGUUAGACAAAAAGGGAUCACCUUCAACCCCACUGGUGCCAAAACCAGCACCCGAAGAAGAAACUCUUCCUAGUGGUUGCAAAGCGAGCGCUACGAUCAGCAAACACCAAAAGAUGUGUAAAGGAGAAGAAAUCUAUAGCGAAAAUUUCGACAAAUUGAAGCCAGACUUGUGGACUCCAGAAAUCAAAUAUGCCGGAAAACCGGAUUUUGAAUUUGUUUUGUACACUGAUCGAAAGGAAAUUUUGUCGGUGGUCAACAAUGAACUUGUCAUUCGCCCAAUUCCCACCGAACAACUCUUCGGUAAAGGAUUCGUGAGUUUUGAACACGAAAUAGACCUUGGCGAUAAAUGUACGGGAAUCCCCGGCACCACCGAAUGUGUCCAAAAAGCGGUGGCUUUUUUGAUUCUUCCUCCAGUAGCUUCGGGUCGGAUCACCACGAAAAAUAAAUGGUCUUUCAAGUUUGGGAAAAUCGAAAUUCGGGCUAAAUUGCCCAAAGGUGACUGGAUUUAUCCUCAAUUGUUCCUAAAUCCGGUGAAUGAGGAGUACGGCCCGGAUUACGCUUCCGGGCAAAUCCGGAUCGCUUACCUCCCCGGAAAUAAAGCCAUGGCGCGAAAACUGUACGGCGGGUGUGUACUGGGGAGUUCCCCUGCCGCUAGGAAUUACGCUUUGAAAAAAAUUGAGAAAAACGAAGGCUCGUGGAGCGAUGACUAUCACAAAUUUACCGCAAUCUGGAAACCAGACGAAAUUAUUCUCAUGGUUGAUGACCAAGUUUAUGGAAAUAUUUACCCCCCUAAGGGGGGUUUUGUAAGUGAGUCUCAGAACUUGGAUUUAGAUAUGAAGAAUGUCGAGAGAUGGCGUAAUGGCACUUCAUUCGCACCAUUUGAUAAAGAGAUGUAUUUGACAAUUGGUGUGGGAGUUGGAGGUCAUUGUUUUGAGGAUCGCAAUGAUGGCAGCAAGCCAUGGAAAAACAACGACCCCAAAGCACAAAAAAACUUCUACAAAGCUUCAUCACAAUGGUUACCAACUUGGGACAAUUCUAGUGUUUUAAAAGUGGACUAUGUGAAAAUUUGGGCUCUGUGAUUUUUUACACAACUUUAUUAAAUAUUGUAUUGCCAUAUAAAAACAAUUGCAAAAAUAUUACAGCACAAUAAUACUUAAAUUUUGUACAAAA